AUGAGGAGUUCAUCUGAAAGCAUGAGUCGCUCAAUGAGCUUGAGUCGAACUGUGUCCUCAGAUAGAAGUAUGAGCAUAGAAGAUGAAGGAGGUAAAGCCAGAGAUAGAAGGUCUCAAGCGAAAAGUAAAUUCGACUCCUUGAGUAGAGACAGUUACAGAACUAAUCACAGAGAUAAAGACUUGUCAAGGGGUCGCAAAAGAAGCUCAAGCAGAAGUAGCAGCGUAAGCAGAAGCACGAGCUUCUCAAGCGUUUCGUACGACAGAUACAAAAACUAUAAAAAUUUCAGGAAGAACAAGUACAGCACAUCCACAAGUAGGUCCAGAAGCUACAGCAGAGGAAGAAAGUACAAUAAAAGCCACUCGUACUCAAGAUCGUACAGAUCAAGAAGCUCAAGCAUCAGUAGCGAAUCAGUAUCCUCAUCCUCAUCGAGGUCAACAAGACCGAGAAGAGUGAGAAGAAGAGAGGAGAUACGCAGAGGACCUGCCAGAAGAGUAGGAAGAGAUUACCGUAACGCAAGGGAAAGACCACGCACAAAAGUGGCAAAUAGAAGAGAUUUGGGAAGGAAAUCGCUGAGAGAUACACAAAGGCAAGAUGAAAAACAUAAAUCAGACGAACCCAGAUUGAACGGAAGGUCGAGAGUAAAUGAAAAGAUAAACGGCCACGCAAGAGGAGCAAACAGAGAAAGUAAAAGGGACCGCAAAGUGAACAGAAGGCACAACACGCCCUUUCUGUUGAAAGUAAUGGCACCGCCCACAGACAGCGCAGACGAAGUAGUAACUUCGGAGGAGUUGCACGUGUACGUGUGGAUGGACUCAACACUGAGAGACCUCGUGAACCUGAUUAAAGACAUAUCGCCGCCGACGAGGAAGCAUACGAGCACCUGGUGUUUCACGACAAAUAAAGGUAAGUGGCCGGCGAAAGUUACAACGGAAGCCGACACACCUGAAAUAACAUAG